GGAUAGACGACGAGGUAUGAGAUUGCAUGAAAGCACUCACCCCUAACAAUCCCGAUGAUGCACCGUGCUCCUUCUAGAGGUGAUUCGGAACAGGCACGACAAGCACAAGCCCCCCCGUGGGGAUAUGUCGAUAAUCCUGCGGAAGUCAACAAUUUCCUCUCCCAGGAACAUCUCCUGGAGCUGAGUUACACCGACAUCCGUAAUCUGUCGUCCAUAGAGGAAAGUGACAGCAAUCGCAACAAGCGGGAGAAAAAUGCCMACGACAAGGUCGAAGACCUUCUCUCGAAAAAGAUGCUGCAGACAUCCCUCGAAGACAGAAAUGCCAUUGUCGGAGAAAUUCACGGCAUUCAGAACCUCGCCCCGGAAGAAUCGUCCGAAAUGAUAGAUGCAGCGCUGAGCGAACUCGAUCAGGAGAUCUCGAAUGUUCCACCCCGAUCGAGGCAGUCAUUCGAUCGUUCCCAGGAUAUAGCACCUAACGGUUACAUCAACAGCUCGGAGUUUCGUCUGCGGUUCUUGCGCUGUGAGCUUUUCGAUGCAAAACGGGCUGCUAAUCGGAUGGUUCAGUUUCUCGAUGUACUAUCGGAACUUUUCGGAGACGUUGUCUUGAAACGGCCAGUAAUGAUGAAGGACUUUUCGAAGGAGGAGAUGCAGGCCUUUCGGGUCGGCCAUCAGCAGCUUUUGCCAUAUCGGGAUCGAAGUGGGAGACGGGUCUUUGCUUGUGUAGGUGGUGUGGGACUCGAUGUUCCACUGUUGACUCGAGUGAGUAAUUUCAACGUAUACUCAUAAGUUUGAAAUGGAAUAAAACUGAUGUCAGGCA